CUGUGUCGCUUCGACGAGUAGCACUAAAUCUUUUUCUCCUGCCGAAGUGCGAAACCGGGCCUCGAAGGCAAAAAGUAAUAAUACAUAGCACUGGUGAAGCUAGGAUAGGAUACACAGUGAGGACUUUACAAGGAAGAACAUACCUCACAACACACAUGUUAAUGCGCGGGGGAUAUCCUCUGUGGCGACAUGCGGAAUUUUCGAUUGAAUGAAAAAUAAGAGAAGAGUAAAACGAAAGUGGAAAGCUUCUAGAGUAAAUUAAAAACAUUCUUUUGAAAAGAAGCAAUUGCAAAAGGCCUUGGAAUUCUGAAGUCUCUCCGCGAACGAAGCGGCGAAGAAUCCGUUUUAUAGUGAACUCAGCUUUAAGGACAUUAAAGCGUCGGAUGUGCCUGCUGAGAAAGGCCCGAUAAGAGAAGCACGGGAAGUGAAUAAUUGUGUACUGUACAAAGGAGAAGCUUUGUAUUCUAAAAGUGAAACAUUACCGAGAGAAAAACUGACGCUGUACCGGCUGGGAGAGAUGCCUUCGUUGCAACAGACUAGCUUCAAGGAUUGGCCUAGCCCGGACAUCGCUAGGUCGUUGACUGGUUCAGAUAUUCUGCAAAAGCACUCAAUCAAUUCAUUGCUACUGGAACACAAUGAAAUCAUUAGCCGAGGAUUACCUUCUCCGAUCGAUGCAGAAAAUGUGUCAUUUUCAGAUAUUUUGGGCUCUUCACAAUCAUCGCAAUCUACCUCUACUUCAUCGUCUCUGGGCGCGAACAGUAGCAACAUCAGCAGCGGCAAUGGCCAUCAGCAGCCUUCAUUGGCAUCGUUUUCGUCGAUCUCCUCCCUCGGUUGUCCAGACAGUGCCAGUAUACUGGGAUCGAGCCUAAGCGGACCGAACACAGCUUCAUCACCCGUUGUCAACACCAGCAAUCCGUUCAACUUUUCCGGAUUGUCCUUGUCGAGCUCCAGCUUGAACUCACCGGAAAUCGGCAGCAAUGGUGGGGGAGGAGGCGGUGGUGGCGGUGGCCAAUCACCAAUUUACUACGGCAAUGUGCACUCAGCCAAAAAUUAUGAUGACUUUCGGUACGACAAUGACAUCAGCUUAUCCAGCUCGAACAGUGCAAACAGUCUGACGUCGGAGACGCUGAAAUUGCUCCAACGUAACAUGAGCGGUUAUGACGGCUCCCUGCCGACCUCCCCGAACGCGUCUUCUACCGCCGGCGGGGCCAGCACGAGAUAUUUUCGUGGCUCGCAACAACUCAACGACCUGAAUCAUAACUUCGAGCCAAGCAACACCUCUUCUCUCUUCGGAAUUAAUCAGUCGCUGUCACGUUCCAAUUCCCCUCCUGACAACGACUCUAGUUUGCUGUCCAACUUAGAUAGUACCAACAUUUUGGACAUGAUCAGUUACCUCACCAUCAGCCAGCAGCAACAGCAACAGCAGGGGGCGCAUAAUCAGUAUCAAUAUGGCAACAAUAAUAACUGUAAUGGCAACAGUAUCAACAACAACGGAAAUGGUCACUCACAGUAUAAUCAACAUUCGAGCUCUAAUCAGUUCUAUCAGCAGCAUGGAGGAAAUGGCAAUGGAAUCUGCAACAGGGACUCAUCCAGCGGCAGUUGUAGUGGCUUGGCGAGCAAUUAUGAGAGGUUGCAAAAUUUACAGGCUCUAAACGCUUUACGCCUUCUGCAACAAUCGCAGCAAUUGUCUCAAUUUCAACUUCAGCAGUAUCAAUUUAAUCAACUGCUGCCGCACUACAGUGGCUCUCAGUUGAAAAACUGGGCUCUACAGAAUUCAUCCUCAUCAUCAACGAAUAGCAGUGGCAACGAUAUUAAUCUCGACAGAAUUGCACGAUUUCAUCGUUCAUCAGCCGCUCAUUAUGAUGCAACGUGUACAUGGAGUGGUGUGUUGCCUCCUCGCUCGCAUCGUCUUGUCACUUAUUCGUCGAAAAUCUUUCUUGGGGGGAUGCCUUGGGAUAUAAGUGAACAGUCAUUAGUUCAAAUCUUCAAACCAUUCGGGUCAAUCAAAGUCGAGUGGCCCGGUAAGGAACAGCAAGCAAUACAGCCUAAGGGAUACGUGUACAUUAUAUUCGAGUCGGACAAGCAGGUUAAGGCUUUACUGCAAGCCUGUACCUACACCGACGCAAACAGUUACAAUGGAUCUAACCGUGGAGGGACCAACUCUUCUGGGGCUUUGACUUUUUCGUCAUCCGGUAGCGACGAGCAACAACUUCAACCGAUUCAACAAUCCGGACAACAGCUGCAAUUGUAUCAGCCGAAUAAACUACUCACGCCACCAGGAGCUAAAAUUAAUUUCAAAAUUUCCUCCAAGCGUAUUAAAUCCAAGGACGUCGAGGUGAUCCCUUGGAACAUUGCAGACUCUAACUACGUCAAAUCCACCUCUCAGAAACUCGAUCCUACAAAGACGGUGUUCGUUGGAGCAUUACACGGUCAGCUGACGGCUGAGGGAUUGGCUAAAAUUAUGAACGAUCUUUUCGACGGGGUCGUGUAUGUUGGGAUAGACACGGAUAAGUAUAAGUAUCCGCUAGGAUCGGCACGUGUCACAUUUAACAAUUCCCGUUCCUACAUGAAAGCUGUCGUAGCAGCGUUCAUCGAAAUCAAAACAGCCAAAUUUACCAAGAAACUUCAGGUGGACCCGUAUCUGGAGGAUUCGCUGUGCUCGAUGUGUGGAGUACAACACGGACCAUAUUUUUGUCGGGAAAUAGUCUGCUUCAGAUAUUUUUGCCGAUCUUGCUGGCAAUUUCAGCACAAUCGAGACAGCUCUCUGCAGAACCACAAACCACUGACGCGUAAUUCGAAGUCGACCGCAAUCGUCGGUGUUGGACCACAGUCGGGGACUGUAAACCAGCCACACCACCAUCCUCAAUCCCAGCUUCACUAUCAUCACAGUCAGCAGCAACAGCAACAACAACAAUCACAACAUAACCACUCCCAGCAUCAUUCUUAUCAUUCGCUGCAUGGUUCACCGAAAUCACCUUCUCCGCCGUGUAUCAGCAGUAGUAACAGUUCGGCAGAUUCAUCACCGGUAUCCUGUCACGGGCCAGCCAAUCUUCACCAACAGCUCCAGCAGCAAUUUGGAGGCCUGUAACUUGUAAGUGAAACUCAAAAGCUUGAAGCAACCAGCCAUAGGCUGUUCGUUUAGAUAACGUCUCAACACAAUCACACAUACAUGACGUUGCGUGUUUGGCAACAUGCUCAAGCCGAAUUAAUAUCGGUCUUUGUUAUUCCCGCUUACGAUGUUGAUGGUUUUUCAUGAUUCAAUCAAAAUUUUUCAACAUGGUUUUUACUGUUUUAAAAACGCUACGCUGCGACAGUUCUGUAUAUUCCGAAGAGAGCAGCUUGUUAAAAACUGAAUCAUCAUUCCGUUAGAUGGUAUUUAUGGCUGAAAAAACACCUCCGCGGAAUCGCUUUGGGAUAUUUCCACGUAUGAAAUUUCCUUUAUACUAAGGAAUUCCGCUAGGCGGAUAUGAAAACAAAAGUAAAAAAAAACACUACAAUCCGUAACAUUUCUAUUACGCUCAGUCGUGUACGCUCAUUUGGUAAUAAUAGCAAACUAUUAUCAUUCAAAUGGUUAUGAGAAGAGCUCACACUUGCUCUAGUACAAUAAUUCAGUGCUGAAACUUAGGAUAGGGACUCGAGGAUUCAUCGUCUCAAGCCAGCCGUAUAGAAAUCGAACGAAUUGUCGUGAAUGUCAAAUGUCCAUCAUGGUAGAAAAAAAGGGGGAAGACGGUAUGGUAGGUUCGGCCACAAAAAGAAGCCCAUAUAGGCUAAUAACCAAUAGGAUUUUGAUUACUUUUAAGCGGAAUGCAGUUUUUAAGAAACCUGUUAGAGCGAAGAAAAACUGGCGCAAACGACAAAAAAACUAUAAAACAAAAAGCAACAAAGAAUUGUAUGGAAAAGCUACUUUUAUAAACAAUUUUAAACAUUGAAUGCCGGAUCGUUAGCAAAGGAACUGCGCUGGAUAUAGUGUCGUUUUUUAGUUGGGGCGAUAUCAUAUUGUUGCACUUUUUCGCCUAUCUAAAAGAAAGAAAAGAAAGUGAAGAAAUAGGAGCAGUUAGAUUUUAGGAUCUUCCAGGGAUAUUUUUGAAAAUAAUCUCAAGCAAUCAGCAAUUUAUACAACGUAAUUCAUAAUUACCGUCAUAUACUAUUUAUUAUUUAUUUAUUGCCUCCGCGGGAGCAAAAAUUUGUUUAACGAUAGGGAAAUUUGUAGUCUCUAGAUGAGGUUUUUCUCUCUUUCUCUGUAGAAUAAUUUAUUGUUUGAUUACCGGUGGGACGGUAACAUGUUAUCUUAAUAUUCGUUUGAUUGCAUUUAGGUUUCAUGAAAUGCAUUUAUAUAACCCAUUCUAUCGGAGAUAUCAUUUUUUGCUAUUUGUGCAAUAAUUGUUUAGGUUGUGUACAUGUUAUUUAUUGUUAUAUUUGUAUACUAUAUACCACCAGAUUGAUUCGAUCUGGAACUGAUUCAUCAUAUUACAUAAACAUUGUUCGUCUGCACAACGA